UCGACGUUUAUUUGACAAACAACAACAAAAACACAGAGUGCUAAAAUCUAAGCUAAACUCAUAACAACAUAACAAAAAAAUUAGAUUUCUAAAAUUUAGAUUUUAUUUCAAUUCUAUUCAUACUUCAUUCAUCUUCAUAUUUUAACUUGUAAAUUGUUAAUAAUGAUUUAUGAAUAAUUUUUUAAAUCCAAAUAUGGCUGUAUAAAAAAUUCUCUUUAGCCAAACUCAACGUUAAAAGCUUAGAAAAACUGGCGCGAAAUAAACACUGGGAUUAAAUUUUAUUGUAACCACGAAUUUAAUAUUGUUGUUCCGUCUACGUAAUCAUAAUUCAUAUUCGUGGCUUAACAACAAUUUUUUUAAACAAAACAUCAUCAAGUUAUUUCAUAAAAGAUUGUCAUGUUCAAAGUGAUAAACAAAUCAUUAGUAAAUUGGAGAGAGUUAUUGUAAUAGGUAUGAAUUACGAAGAUUACGUGCGACACAUGAAACACAAAUACAGCUUGGCUAUAGCUAUUGCUGUUUUAAAAACAAAACCCGAAAAUGUUACAACGGACGAACAUUUAGCAAAUAUUAAACAGAAAAUAAACAGUGAUGAUGCUGACGAUGAUGAUGAUGUAACCGUGUGCAGUGAUGAUUUCGUUUUUGAUGUUAACGAUCCAUCGGCUUCGCUAGUUGAUAUAAAAAAUGACGGGCCAAGUCGUAUUGAUGACACGCUUCGAAGUUCAAACGAGACUUACUGCGAGAGUGGCCUUCGAGAAACUGCGAAUGAUAAUAAACAAUCGGAUCAUGGUAAUAUUACCGAUCAACGAAUCCUCGACAGCUUAGUGAUUACCAAUGAACUAACUAGCGAUGACGUAGUUGUAAUAAAUAAUCGAAAGUGUGACGACACGACCACUCUAAAAUGUAUCGAUGGUAAAAUUCGGGAAUUAGCUAACGAGAAUUCUAGUGUCGCGGCACCUAUUAGCAAAGAAAUCAAUAACGCAAUGAUCAUUGAAGAAAACAAUCGUGACAGUGAUAAUGUUACAAGCGAACAUCAAGUUUUUGAUGCUCCUGCGUUCCAAAAUGAUCGAAUUGAAGUUGGCCUUCAAAAUAAUUUCAUAUACCCUCAAAAACAAAAUGAAGAGUUCUUAAGUGACGUCUUAAGAACUUUAAAUGAACUGGACAAUACAAGAGACGAUUACCUUUCACAAUCAACAUUCCACGAGAGUUCCCAAGAUCGCGUCCCGUCACAGUCCGAAGAUCCUAGCCACUGCGCCCAGAAUCCUAACGAAGAAUUCAUUAGCAGAUGUGCAAAGAAAACAAAAUGCAUAAACUUAAUUGAUUCUCAAGAGACUAUUAUAUGUAGUUUGCCGGAAAGCUUCAAUCAUUAUAGUCAAAGUCAAACGCAGAACUUUGUUAUCGGGGAAAAGCUAAUUCAAAACAUCGACACUCGUAAUAAGAAUCGACAAAUAGACGUUACGUUAUGUGAUAAUAACAAAGAAUUUAUUAAUCAAAAUAAUGAUGUAACGGAUUGUUUAUUCAGCAGUACGGACAGCAGUAACCAACGCACUGCCAGUCCAAAUAAAAAUAGCAGUAAUGCUACAAUCGAUUUUCAAUUCAACGAAGCGAUAAUUGGAGAUAACGAAAAGUUUAUUCGAAGUAAUAAUAAAAAUGGAGACUCUGAUUCAAUGAAAGCCCAAAAAGAAGCCGUUCCAUUCAAAGUUAUCGGCGAAAUUAAUAAAGUUAAAACUUUUUUGCAAAAAAGAGAUUCUAGAAGACUCGGCGAUGGGUAUUCAAGUGAUUCUGGGUACAAAAGUGAUUGGCCAAUUAAACUGAACGUCACACAGCAGUCUGGUAGUUGGUUGAAUCAGGCGGGACACUGUUUGUACUCCCAUAUAAUCAGCUGUAGUCUUCAGCCAACCACCGAAGACAUUACGAACGAGGUAUCUCAGGUCCUAGGCGAUUUAAUAGAUAGAUUGCACGAAGAAGAAUUGUAUCCUGAAUUCUUAGAAGAACUACUGAAUUACGUUGAACUUACAAUAAAACGUAUAUACGAAGACAAUGACUUUGAUAACAUCCUGUUGAACAAAGACGAAAAAAUCCAAAGGAUAAUUCUCUUGUGCGGAUCGAUGCACGUCAAAAAAUACACAAUAGACCGUUUAUUGGAUUGCUUAAACGAUCUAUAUGAGAAAUUGAAUUUAGACGAAACAGAAAUUAAACAUAUAAAUCUGAUAGAAAACGCUUGCUAUGUGUUUCAUUUAUUAGAAUUAAUUAUAUCGAAAUACAUGAAGAAGCGUAAUUUGUUCAGUCAGAGCAGCUCGCAGUCGCAGGACGACGAGAGGAGCUUAAAAAAGAGUUCCAUUACCGAAAUAUGGCGCAAGAAAUGGAUACCGAACUACGGGGAUGUAGUAAGCACAAGUGACGUCACCGAGAAAGUGUGCAUCGAAAUUAGAUGCAGCGAAGUUCUGAACAAAAUAGUCGUUGGCUGUAUGGACGGUUACAGUUUGCUGUCGUAUUCAGCUUUGAAAUGUUUCAAUCUAUUGCAGCCUUAAUAAAAAACUGGUGUUUCAAUUACCCCACUUCGAAAAACGAAUUGUUACAAUCUACCGCCAAAUGGAAUACCGACCACAGCUUACUAAUAAGAACAAAUACUCCUGCGACUUCCAUAGAUUAUUUUGUAUUUUAUCUACCAUUAUUUUUGAUAGCAAAGGGUGAUGGGACCAAAAUAGCCACUCAUUAAGAGCCGCGUGGAUCUAUCGUGACUUUUGCAGAGUAUUCAAUAUCCCUCACUGGUGCUAUUCCAGCAUAAACUGGUCUGCUUUAAUUAGACAGAUGUUGUUCUCAUCGUCAAAGAACGCGCUCUCGGUCAAGCGAAUUUUUUGCUGCACAAUAUACUCAGAUCCGCAGCGUAUGCAGAGGGAAUUGUAUGGACUUUUUAAGACAUUUAUAAUCGAACGAAAGAAUUUACGAAACAUACAUCCUCAGAUGAUAUUGUUAACAGUGCAAAUUUACAAAGAUUGACUGGGAAAAUUAAAAAUUAAACCCUAUUUAUUUAAUAUUUUAAAAUCCAUAGCAUUCACGUUGUGAAAUCAUCGCUUAAUAAAAUUUAUAAAAAUUUAA